CAAAUACAAAAAAAAAUAACAAUUUGAAAGAAAACAAAAAGAAAAGAACUUUUAUAAAAAAUCUACUAUCAAAUUCGUCCUAAUUAUUUCUCUGUAUUCAAUUUAUUUAUAAAACAAAAUGAAUUAUAAUGCAAAAAAAGUAUCUCGACAAAAUUCAUCAGUUGGUCCAUCUGGUCACAACGAUGCCUCCUCCCAACAACAGCAAUUCAACAAUGACGAUCUAAUUUCUGAAAUAUCCGAUAUAAUGAGAAGUUUUGGAGACUGCGAUCAACCCAGACAAGAUAGUGUUAAAUUGGUCGAACAAAUACUCCAACAGCAAUUACGUGGAAUCUUCCAUGAAGCCACAAUGAUCUCGAUGCGUCGCAAAAAAGUCGCCUGUCCUUCACAAGCUGACUUUGAAUUCUUGAUGCGCAAUCAUCCAGUGAAGAUUGCACGAAUGCGAAAGCAUCUCAAAGACAUGCGAAUACUUAAAAAGUUUCUCAGUAUUCGCACUCGUCGACCACAAGACUCAUUGGAAGAAUUCGAAAGCCAAGAGUCCGAAGACGAACUCAGCAUUGAUAUUCCCGAGAAAUUCGAUGAGGAACGAACCCGUCGUUUGUUUCGGGCAGAUCGAAUAUCUCAAAUUCUAACCGGACAACAAUAUCAUGAGUUUAAUGAGGCUCGUAAGACUUCUUUCUAUUGUCGUCAUGGCGAAAAGAUCAAAAACAAAUUUCACAAGUUCUUAGAUCUACCAAAGGAUUUAACAAUUUCCAAUACUUGCAUGAAUAUACUUGCAUAUUUUUCACAUGAAACUAUUGCUGUUAUCGUGGACUAUGCAAUCUUGACACGAUUAAACUCGAGUAAUCGAGUCACGGAGCCGUAUAGUAGAGUAACUUCGACAGGAGCUUCCUCGGCCAUGCUUCAUAUUUGUCCAGAAGUUAGUCAGGGACGUGGACAAGAAGCUGUUAAACCAAUAACAGUGCAGGAAAUAUAUGAGGGCAUACGAAGACAUAGGCAGAUGACUUCGAAGAAGGUUGGCUUUUAUAGGAGUACCAUUGAUUGCGAUUUUAAGCGAUCAUUUCUUGCUAUUUAAAGAUAAAUUUAUUUGGUACAAAUUUGAACUUUUCAAUAAAAUUAAUAUGAAUAUUUAAACUUAAUUAAU